AUGUAUGUGAAAUGGUUUGGUACAGUAAUGUUUUACUAUGUGAUUUUAGUGAAUGUCAUUUUUUGUCAUUUUCAAAUUUCCCACCGUUCCGUCCCCGUACGUCCCGAUGCUCGCAGGGAACGGAACCCAGAUGACAGAUGCUGGCAUCCGUCGGAUUAUAUUGCCGGGACACUGCAGGAGGGACAUCGCGGGAGCACAGGACAAGGUAAGUGAUUGAGGGAUCGUGGAGCAGCACCGCAUGGUAAGCCCGAGUGUAGCUCGGGGUUACCGCUUGUGCUACACUCGGGAAUACCGCCAGGGGGGUUA